AACUUGUUCAGACAGCAGCAGGCUACAGACACAAUGGAGUGAAGAGCCUUGAGCACACAGGGAAAAAAAAAUCUGGUCUUUUCUACAGGGCAAGCAAGGUAUUGUUACUGGUGAUCUGUCAGGUCAGGGAAAAGUGCUCAGGGGCUCCUUUUAAACACAGUCAAGGAAGGUAUACCAGAUGUAGCCCUGGCUUUUCAGUUAACUUUCUUGAACAAAAUACUCCCAUUUUGUUUUACAGCAGACAGAGCCUGCCACCACAGAUCUGCAGGUUUUCAGACUUCUUUCUCACCACAGAUUUGCAGGUUUUCAGUGUUUUUUCCCUUUUAAAUCAUUUAUUAAAUAUUUGCACAGCAUUUUUGAUAACUUUUAUUUCUUCAUAAUGUUACAUUUUGAUGCAAGAUUGACAGACCCCAAACCCUCUCCAGCUUUUAUUUAAAACAUUUUAAAAACUUCAAGAAAAUAAGUGGAACACAAGAUCUGAAACAACUGCUGAAAACUGCUUUGAGAGAAAAAUAGAAACACUGGCUCUUUUAAGGCAUCCCUUAUCCCCAAAAUCUGUGGACUUUGUUCAGUUUAAAAGAAAAGGAAAGCAAGCUGUGAAAUAGUAAGGAGUAAGUGUAAGGAUGCUUCUGCAGGUAGUGGGAUCCUUGUUAUCCCUGGCUGUUGCCUGUUUCCCCAUGGAGAUGCCUCUGGAACCUGACAUUGAACUGGACGAUGCCCCUUUGCAGUACUACUAUGAUGACAAUGUAAUUGAUCUUCUAGAAGCUCUGAAUGUCACAAGAUCUAUCAAAGGUAUCAACAAAGCCAAAGGCCUGGAUCCUGGUAUGCCAGCUUGGAAGUUCCGAAAUCGUGUGCCUCACUUGACUCUUUUGCGAGACUAUUCUAUCUACCUCCUCUCAACUAUGCAGAGCUCCAUAGGCUUUCACUUUGUUGCUAAACAAAGCAAAAACACUAAAGGAACUCUCAUCUCAUUUGUCUCACCGGCUGCUAUGAAGAAAGAUGGCCACCCACUUCUCCAACUGAUCUCUAACACAAAGUCAAAUCAAUUGGUAUUGGACUACAGAGAUGCCUCCAGCAUGGAACCAGCUUCGAUGGUGUUACCAGGUAUGACUCCCUUUGCCAAGGGCAAAUGGGCUCGCUUGGCCCUGAACUUAGAACCUCAGAAAGUAACUAUGUUUGUUGACUGUGAAGAGGCUGUUAUAUUUGAAAAGAACAAUGAUGAAGAAGGAAUUAGUUUUAUUCUUCCAAUUGAUCUGGAAAUUACAUUUGCCAGCACAUCUGGAGACAAAGACAGCAAGUUUUUGGGUUAUUGGCAGACAGCAGAGAUUUCUCCAAGUGGCUUCUAUAGGCGUCCAUGGCACUGUGAAAACCUUACAGACUCAUUUCCUGUUAUGCCAUAUUCAUUACCUGAAGAGAGAUCUGUAGAUGAAGAACUGGAAAAUCCUUUUAGUCAUGAUACGUCAAAAGACCUGGAACCCCUUUUGGAUAUUCAGAACUACCAACAACAGCAAAGUGAGCCCCAGAAUCUUCAGCAGAGACCUGGGCUGCAUUCUCAGACAUCUGAGGAGCGCAUACAGAGGUUGGAAGACACGAUCAGUGGUCUCAGCAGCAUGUUGGACAUGGUCAAGGCUCAGAAUGUUGAUUUGCUGGCCCGUGUGAAGUAUUUAGAAACCUGUGAAUGCCGGCGACCAACAUGCUCUUGGGAAGGUAGAGAAUUUGAAGAUGGUAGCACAUGGGAUAGAGAUGCCUGCAAUACCUGUGUCUGUUCCAAGGGUGAAGUCCGAUGUUCACUAAGGGGGGACAGACCCCAAUGUGGGGGCUGUAUGCAUGAAGGGCAGAUUUAUAGUAACAGGGAAUCCUUCCGAAUUGAUACCUGCACUACAUGUGUUUGUCUGAGUGGAAAUGUUUCUUGUAAUAAGAAGUCAUGCCCUGAAGUGAAUUGCCAAAACCCAGUCCUAAGGCCUGGUGAAUGUUGUGCCGAUUGUCCAUCAGGAUGCACUAAUGGGCGAGAAAACGGUGAGAGCUGGAGACCAGAGCCCUGUGCAAACUGUACUUGUGAGGAUGGCAAAGUUCAAUGCCUUAAUGAUCCUUGUCAGCCUGCCACCUGCCAGCAUCCCAUCAUACCUCGAGGAAAGUGCUGUCCUGAAUGCCAUGGCUGUGUCUACAAUGGGCAUAGACUAAGGAAUGGACAAAGUUACCAGCUGGACCAUUGCACAAAGUGCUUUUGUAGGAUUGGCAAUGUUCAAUGUCAGAGAGUACCCUGUCCUGAGUUAUCUUGCUUAGAUCAGCAUAUACCCCAAGGAGCAUGCUGUCCCACCUGUCGUCCAGGUUGUGAGUAUGAAGGACAGUUGUAUGACCAUGGCGACAGCUUCUUACCAGUAUCCAAUCCUUGCAUGAAUUGCUCUUGCCUGAAUAGUCUUGUGAGAUGUACACCACUGCAGUGUCCUUCAGUUUCCUGUUCAAAUCCCAUUCAGAGACCCGGUCAGUGUUGUCCAACCUGUCCAGUAUGUGUCUUUGAUGGCAAACCCUUAGAAGAUGGACAGAUUUUUACAACAGAUGAUGGCUGUCGGAGAUGCACAUGCUUGAAUGGUCAGUUGUCAUGCACAGACAUACAGCAGUGCUCACAAACAUGCACCCAUGGCAUUAAGCAUCCUUCCAACUCCUGCUGCCAAGACUGUUCGAGCUGUGAUUACCAGGGUCAGAUUAUUCCAAAUGGGGUGUCAUUUGCUGCAAGUGGGGAUGUCUGCUACCAAUGUCAGUGCACAAAUGGCAAUGUCUUGUGUAACUGGAUUACAUGCCCCAACCUCAGUUGCGUAGUACAGGUGGAGGUGCCAGGAGAAUGCUGCAAACAGUGCCAAGGCUGCACUGAUGUUGGAAUUCGACGGGAGCACCUGGAGAGCUGGAGGUCGAAUGUCGAUCCUUGCAACAUUUGCAGAUGCUUGGAAGGGGAGGUGAUAUGCGAAAAGGAAAGAUGCAACACUCCAUGCCAACAUCCAACUAAUCCACUACCUGGCAAUUGCUGCUCACAGUGUGACGGUUGCCUGUACAACGGACAGGAGUAUCAUAAUGGUGAUCGAGUGUUUGAUGGAACUGUCUGUACUGAAUGUGUCUGCAUAAGAGGUAAUGUCCAGUGCAGUCCAGUUUCCUGCCCACUAGCUUCAUGCAAGAAUCCUGUUCUGAAACCUGGUGAAUGCUGUCAGCGCUGCUUGGAUUGUGAAUAUAACUCACAGAUCUUUACUGAUGGAACAGUAUUUCUUGCUCCCAAUAAUCCUUGCCUCAGCUGUAGAUGUUCAGCUGGAAAAGUAUCUUGUGACCAUCUAGACCGUAAUUGUCCUCCAGCUCACUGUAGCCAUCCAAGUAAGCAAAGAGGAAGCUGCUGUCCAACAUGUGAUAUGUGUGAGUACGAGAGAAGACUGUAUCACAAUGGUGAGACCUUUACUCCCCCUGGAAGCAGCCCUUGUCUACAUUGCACCUGCAGUAAUGGAAAUGUCCGUUGCCAGGAGGAAGUGUGCCAGACUCCACAGUGCGCCAACCCUGAAGUGGAUCCACAGCUUUGUUGUCCCAUUUGCAAAGUUUGUGUUCUGGAAGGGGUUGAGUAUGAAGAUGGUGCAGUGUGGGAACAUGAUGAAGAGCCUUGUACCACCUGCAGCUGCUUCAAUGGAGAGCCACAGUGCCAAGCUACCAGCUGCCCUCCAACUUUCUGUCUGCACCCAAGCACAAGCACUGGUGAUUGCUGCCCCGUAUGUACCAACUGUUACUACAAUCGUAGGUUGUACAGCAAUGGACUGGAUUUCAUAGACCCAGAUGACCCAUGCCUAAACUGCAGAUGUACGGAUGGUUCAGUACACUGUGCUUCAGUUACUUGCCCUGGAGUGACGUGCACAAAUCCUGAGAAGAAACCAGGACAGUGUUGUGCAAAGUGUCCAGACUGUCACUUUGAGAAUCGUGUCUUUUUGGAUGGUGAGAAAAUCCCAAAUCCACUCAAUCCCUGUCAGGAGUGCAUAUGUUUUAACGGACAUGUGACCUGCCAAGAUACAGAUUGCCCUCACCCUGUGUGCAAUUACCCUUUGCCAAGCACCUGCUGCCAGAACAACUGCAACGGCUGUAACUAUGCUGGGAAAGAAUACCCUAACGGAGCAGACUUUCCACAUCCAACUGAUAAGUGCAGGGAAUGCCACUGCAUAAAUGGCAAUGUCCAGUGUUUGUCCAGAAGAUGCCCACCACUGCCAUGUGCUGAUCCACUUUUGGUUUCAGGAGAAUGCUGCCCCCAAUGUCCUGCCCCUCCACUAGAAUGCCUCUACUCUGGUCAUUCCUUCAAGCAUAUGGAGCGCUUCUAUGACCCUUUGGAUAAGUGUCGUAUCUGUAUUUGUAACAAUGGAACUGUGACUUGCCAGAGGAAACCCUGUGCCCCAGUAUUAUGUUCCCACCCCAUUCUCCAGGACUGCUGUCGGACAUGUGAUGGCUGCCUAUACCAAGGACGUGAGUUACCCAAUGGGGAGCAGUUCGCAGACCCUGUCAAGCCUUGCAAUAUGUGCUUCUGUCGGGAAGGCUCAGUGUCUUGUGAGAAACGAUCUUGUCCAGUGCUAGAAUGUCCUUAUCCGGUGAAGGGUCAGUGCUGUAAGGCAUGUGAAGGCUGUGAAUAUUUAGGAGAAGAGUACCUGAAUGGCCAGGAGUUCCAGAGUCCUGAUGAGCACUGUAGCCGCUGCAGUUGUCUGAAUGGCUUUGUCACCUGCAGUAAAAAACCAUGCUACAGCCCAGGAUGCAGUCAUCCCAUCUCUCUGCCUGACAGAUGCUGUCCUAUCUGUGAAGGUUGCUUCUUUAGUGGCAUUGCAGUAAACAAUGGUCAAACCUUCCCAGAUCCUUCUGACUCACUUUGCACACUUUGCACCUGUAGGUCUGGGUCUGUGCAGUGCCUGAAAAAACUCUGCUCUCCUGCUCCCUGCUCUCACCCUGUAAUAGGACCAUGUGAUUGUCCUCUUUGUGAAGGUUGUCAUUACCAGGGAAGAGAUUAUAUUGAUGGACAAGUCUUUCCAGCCCGAAAAGGGACCUGCCAGGAGUGUAGAUGUCAGAGAGGUGAGGUGACUUGUAGUGCUAAGACGUGUAAUAAAGUGACCUGCCCACACCCUGCUGUAGACCUAUGUACUUGCCCUGUGUGUGAUGGCUGUUUCUACAAUGGCAGAGAAUGCAGCAAUGGGGAAAGAUUUCCAGACCCUAGCAACAAAUGCAACCGAUGCACAUGUCUGAAUGGAGGGGUCACUUGUGUCUCACUGAUCUGUCCUCCUGUUUCCUGUCGUAAUCCUGUCAUUCCUUCAGGAGAGUGCUGUCCUGUUUGUUCUGGCCGCUGCAGCUACCAAGGGCAAAUAUAUGAGAGUGGGACCACUUUUGAUUCUCCGUCUGAUAGCUGUUCAAAAUGUACUUGCCUGAAUGAGGUGGUAACCUGUCAGAAGAAGCCAUGUGCACAGCAGUGCUCCCAUCCUUUGCCAUUCCUUGCUCCAUUGUGCUGUCCAGUUUGCGAUCACUGCUUCUUUGAGGGCUUGGAGUUUGUAAAUCGCCAGACCUACUUAUCCCCAUCUGACCCUUGUCAACGUUGCACCUGCCUGAAUGGUAAUGUAAUAUGCACCCCUGUUGUGUGUCCGCAAGUGACUUGCACCAAUCCAAUAAAUCGGCCAGGCGAGUGCUGUCAGGAGUGCCCAGUGUGUGUCUAUUUUGGAAAGGAGUAUGAAGAGGGAUCUCACUGGAUUUCUGCAAUGUCAAACUGCCAAGAAUGUUCUUGUGUGCAAGGAGAGGUGACAUGCUCAGAGCUGCACUGUGAUGUUUCAUGUAGAAAUCCAGUACCCAUGGCUGGCCAAUGCUGCCCUAUUUGUUGGGAUUGCAUGUUUGAGGGUCUUGUCUACAAGAAUGGGAAUGUCUUCAACCCUGAUUCCUGCCAGCAAUGCACCUGCCAGGAAGGUAAUGUGCACUGUGACAGCAUAUCAUGCCCACAACUGAAAUGUAUGCACCAAGUGACUGAUGCAGGAGCGUGCUGUCCACGCUGUAGAGGUUGUAUAUACAAUGGCUUCGAGUACAAAGAUGGCAGCAGCUGGUUUCCUCAGAGCAUUCCUUGCAUGUCAUGUAUGUGUGUGGAUGGUGUCACAACCUGCUCUGAUGUGCACUGUGUUAGUUCCUGUGUAAACACAAUCCAGGUUGCUGGAGAAUGCUGCCCUCUGUGUGCAGACUGUAUAUACAACAGCCAGGUUUAUGCGCCAGGAGACAGCUUCCAGCCAGCUGAUGAUCCCUGUGAGAUUUGCACCUGUGAGGUAAUGUCAGAUGGAAGGCAACAUCUGCGUUGCUAUCGCAAGCAGUGUCCCAGCUUGGUAGACUGUCCGAAGAGUCAGAUCCAUUUUCAAGGGCCUGACCACUGUUGUCCAAUCUGCGCACAGCCUCUCAGCAACUGCACAACUACCCUCGUUGGGAGUGAAGUCCAUGCCACUGAUGACCCUUGUUACACCUGCCAUUGUAAGGACCUCACCUGGGUGUGCUUACAUCAGCAAUGUCCCAUGCUGAGCUGCCCUGAUGUUGAACAGUUUACACCUCAUGGCUCCUGCUGCCCUAUUUGUGAUGAGUGUGUGAUAGAAGUUGAAAACCGACGAGUAUCUGAUGGAGAGACCUGGAUUGACAGUACUGACAACUGCGUCACCUGCAUGUGCAAUCUUGGUCAUAUAGAAUGUCAUAUCCGGGAAUGUGUGCCACUGGUGUGCCGAGAUGGCCUGGUCAAAGUCCAGUCACCAGAGACGUGCUGCUAUGAGUGCCAAGAUCCAAAUAUCUCAUGCACAUAUCAAGGCCAGGUGUAUCAGUCAAAUGGUCACUGGGAAGUAGAUGAGUGUACCAGCUGCACCUGUGUCUCUGGAGAAGUCCACUGUCAGACAGAACGCUGCCCUCAAGUUUCCUGUGCUUCAGAUGAGACUCCAGCACUGAUCCCUGGUAUGUGUUGCCCUCACUGUAUACCACGUCCUGCCACAUGUAUUGCAUUCGGUGACCCCCACUAUCGCACCUUUGAUGGCAAGAUGAUCCACUUCCAGGGCACAUGCACCUACGUGAUGGCAGAGGACUGCGAAGGAGGAGACUUCAGCAUUCAUGUUACCAAUGAUGAUCGAGGACGUAAGGGUGUUUCCUGGACCAAGGAAGUGACUGUGUUGAUCAGUGAUGUAGUAAUACAGCUCCUGCAGGACUGGAUCAUCAUGGUAGACUACCAGACUGUGGAUUUGCCUUUCCUAAAGGAGCCUUAUGUAUACAUUGAAAGGAAGACCAAUACAAUCUUGUUGAAUACAAACAUUGGUGUCAAGGUUUUGUGGAAUGGAAAAUCUCACCUUGAAGUAAGUGUUCCUGGUACAUACAAAAGGCACAUGUGUGGGCUGUGUGGAAAUUUCAACAACUACCCUCAAGAUGAUCUACGAAUUCGCACGGGGCAGAUAGUAAUCUCAGAAGCAGCCUUUGGAAACAGCUGGAAGGUUCAGGGUUCAAACCACACGGGCAGCCACUGCAGUGAUGGGGAGGAUGUCAACCCUUGCAAAGAUGCAGGCUAUCGUGCACGAAAGGAGGCCAAUGCCAAGUGCAAGAUCUUAAAGUCAAAAGUAUUUGAACGCUGCCACAAUGUAGUUCCACCAGAGAUGUUUUUUGCAUCCUGUGUGUACGAUCUUUGUGCCUGUGGGGCCAAUGUUGAUGACUGCCUUUGUGAUGCCUUGGAGGCUUAUGCAUCAGAAUGCAGGGAGGCUGGAGUCAUCCUUCAAUGGAGAUCACCAACAUUGUGUGCUGUUGGCUGCCCUCAUGACCGUGGUUAUGUCUUUGAUGAGUGUGGACCUCCAUGCCCAAAAACCUGCUUCAACAAGGAUGUUCCACUGGGAGUGAUUGAUGCUCACUGUUUUAAACCCUGCGUUCCUGGCUGUCAGUGUCCUGCUGGUCUGUUGGAACACGAGUCUCACUGCAUCCUUCCUGAGGCAUGCCCUAGGAUUAUCUAUGGCAACCUGUAAAACACAUUGCCCAGAUAUUUGUUAUUGCUGGAUACCAUUCAGUUUGCCAGUAACAAUGAAAUCUGCAAAACCAAGUUGCACACACGACUUUCUCUGAAUGCUGUUUUCCUCAAGAACUUUUUUUCUGCUAAGUUGGUAUUCAUUCUUGAAACUGAAACUAUUUCAGUAUGUACUCUCUUUUUUUGUGUUUUUACUUGUUAGGUAGAGCCUUAAUUUAAAGCUUGUUUUCUAUUUCUUAAAAUGACAACUGAUAUGUGGUGCUUCUUUUUACUUAGAAAAGUUCGUAAAAUGUUUUACAACUUCAAAGCCACAUAUUUGGACUGGCUGGAGAGUAAAAUCCUAACUAUCCUAUCAGACAAACUCGUGGAUAGAUGGGCAGCACAAACUGUAAUCAACUGCCAUCGUAUUCUGCAACUGGAAAAAUUUGAAUUAGGUGCCAGAAACAAAUUUCAGAAACCUUUGUGUUGUAAAUGUUAUGAAUUUUCUAUCUUCGGAAUUGAAAAAUUGCAUUGCGAUGUGAAGAAGAAUAUAGGAAACAUUUCCUAUCACCAAGGUUAGUUACAUAUGUCACAUCUGCCAAGCAAAAAUUUCAUGAUGUGGUUUCUGCAUCUAAUAUUAUGUGAUGACUUUUAUAAACCAAAAAGAAAUGUGCAGUUCAUCUUUCAUCUUUGUGUCUGAAUGUUUUGUACUCAGGGUAUGACAUUCCUUGCCUUAAAUGAUUUCUAAACACAAAGAACAGCAUUCUUUACAUUCCUUACUUUACAUGGUUUGUGUUUUUCUGAUUUGAUGCCUCAGUGUCAUACUAAUUUGCAUCAGAUAAUACCUACUUGAGACCAGAUGCUAAGAGUAGAUUAUGAAAGAAUGCAUUAAUAAUACUGGACCUGAAAUGCAGGUGACAUAGCCAUGAGAUGAGUACUAAUAACUGAAUGAAUGCUGACCUCAUAGAAUGUCCUCCACAACAAGUUCUGCAGUAGUACAUUUAACUAAAGAGGCAAAUGUAGGUUCUGCACUUAUUUCUGACUACAAGAGUAGCACAACUGUUAGUAGUGCUUACAGAUUACAAAAAAGAAACCUUGAACCAAAUUACCUUAAUCUGGCAAAUUGCUGUUACAAUUCCAUACACUAAAACUGCAAUCCUCAGAACAGCGAGACUCUCAAUGUAAUUAUAGUAAACAUAUAUAUUUAGUCUAUAGCCAUAAUACCUCAGUUAUUCCCCUUAUGCAGAUGUUCACGGAUCUUGUAGUUAGUGUAUGUCAUAGUACCUGAGAGUAUUCCUGUAAUGCAGAUGUUCAGCGAUCUAAUAGUAAGUAGAUAUCAUAGUAUAUGAGAGUAUUCCCCUUUUGCAAAUCUUCAAUGAUCUCAGAGUUAAUAUAUGUCAUGGUACCUAAGAGUAUUCACCUUUUGAAAUAUUCAGUGAUUUCAUAGUUAGUACAUGUCACGGUACCUAUGAGUACUCCCGUUAUACAGAUAUUCAGCAAUCUCAUAGUGAAUAUAUAUCAUAGUACCUGAGAGAAUUCUUCUUAUGCAGAUGUUCAGCAAUCUCAUAGUAUAUAUCCUAGUACCUGAGAGUAUUCCCCUUAUGCAGAUGUUCACUGAUCUCAGAGUUAAUAUAUGUCAUGGUACCUGAGAGUAUUCCCCUUAUGAAAUGCUCACUGAUUUUAUUGUCAGUAAAUGCCAUGGUACCUGUAAGUAUUGUCGUUAUACAGAUUAGUACCUGAAAGUAUUUCCCUUAUGCAGAUGUUUAGCAAUCUUGUAGUUAGUAUACAUCAUAGUACCUGAGAACAUUCACCUUAUGCAGGUGUUCAGCAAUGUCAUAGUACAUAUCAUGGUACCUGAAAGCAUUCUCCUUAUGUUGAGUGAUCUCACAGUUAGUCUGUAUUAGUUGCAGGGGUGUUGGGUGUAGCCCCCAUGUUGGGGUUGCUGUGGACCAAAACCUGUCUGUAAAAUUGCUUUAAUGUAAUGUAGUUGUGUUUCAAAAUAUGAUUUAUUUCCUCUAUAACUGCACUUUAUUUGUUGUAUUUAUAGGAUUUCUAAUUAUGUGCCUCUCAUUUCUGAUAGGGAGCUAUAUUUUGAAGAACUUAAUUCAUCGUUUCUUAUUUGUCCUACCCAGACAUAUUCCUGGAUGAUUCUACUUAGAUCCAGUUGUUAUUUAACAUCUUAGCCCAAUUUUCAGAUUAAUCUAUACAUGUAACUCAAAUUCCCUGGAUGGUUUUGAUAGCCCUCUAGACUGUUUUUUUUUUUUUAUUUUCUCAAACCAUUCUUAAUGGCAGAUUAGUGGUCUAAUGACCCCACAGAAGCACCCAUUUACUUUGCAUGGGCACAGAGUAACUUACAGAAUUACAUGUUUUUUUUUUUGCCUUUUGAUUUCAGGUUGGGUGAUAUGCCUGAAUAUAAACCACUGAGAAAACAUCACACAAAAAUAUGUAAUCAUGCCAUGUACACAGUUCCUAUAACUGUCAUUAUGAGAAGUUUUAAAGCAUAAGAAUUGUACAGAGAAAUGUUAGAAAGAUGUAAGUUUGUGAAUAGUUUAGCAAAAAUGUGGACUGCAGGGUUAUUGGUGACACAAGGACAGUAGUGUCACUGCUAGGAAAGAUAUGAGAAUGCAUUCAUAACUAGUAUGAUAACUAUCGUAAAAACAUUUUUACCAUUCGAGCAAUUGGAAGGGUAUGCUGCAGGUUAUGGUUAAUACUUUGAAGUGUACACAUUUAGAUAAAUUACAAUUUUGAGCUAUCCCCAGUAUAAAAUGGUGGUGACUUGCAAACAACAUUACCCAGCUUGCCUGUGGUGUCUUCUACCAGUACAACUCCAUCUGUAUGUCAAACUUGAUAUUGCAGACAGCAUGGCUGCCAACCAUUUAUAACUGCAGAUCUACUAGCCUUUUACAGGAGGAGGUAUAUCAAUAUCACUAGUGCCAUGGCUGUUUCAUCUAGUACACAGUGCCACUCCGCAAUCUGUUACCCCUCAACACUCAGCUGAGAGGCAAAAUAAAUAAAUAACUAAAAUUACAAAAAAGUCCCAUUACCCGAUGUAGCGCUCUUAGUCAUAUCAGUUCAUCUCCAAUCUGCAAAUCCUACUAGAGGAGAAAAGAAACCGCAUCAACUACUUGCUACAUUUGUACUUACACCACACAGAGCACUGAAGGAAGCAUUUCAGUCCUGACAGUAAAAUAAAUAUCGCCGUUCAUUUCCAUACCGUCAUUCAGAAGUACUGGUAUGGAAAUGAGUGUCAGUGCUGCACUACCAGCUAAUCUGCAUCUGCAGAUUGUGCCCCUUCGCUAACUUAUCUGAGCUUCUGAAAGUCACAACAGCCCAUCGACUUCAGUGAGCUUCUCCUUUGUUUUGGGGUUUUAUAUUCUAACAUAAAACUCCAAAGUGUUGCUGUGGUCGCAAGUGUGAUGCAUAUUUUGGAAUUAGAUGUCAAGCCCCACCAGUUCUCAUUAAUAUAUGUCAGCUGAAGAUUGGCAGAUCCCUCAUUUAUGGACUCAUAGAUGAGAUAACUUCUUGGUAAAGUCUGCUACCCCAUGUCAAACAGUUUAGUCCCGCAUGGCAUUCAGCUGUCAGCCAUGCCCCACAGUUCCUUGUUGAUCUGUUUCUUUAAACUGUAUCUAACACUUCUCUGAACCGUCUGUUUGGUGGGAAUGGGGGAGGCCAUCUGAACAUCUCUGAACUGACUCUUUGGGGGGAAUGGGGGAGACCAUCUGAGUUUACGUCAAAGGUGGAGGAAGAUAAAAACAAGAGCAGAGUAGCAUCACACUAUGGUGCAAUCCUUACAGAUACAUGCAAUGUUUUAGCUAACCCUAAUUUAGGUGGACCUGCUGAUGUCACUCACGUAAUCACACACUGUCAUUUACAUCUAGUCCACAAUUUCUUGAAUUCUGUAGCAAACUGCCAUGUCAUCACAGCUCAGUCCCUAUCACUUGGGGAGUUCCAAAUCGCAGGCAAUAAUCCCACCCUCUUUGCUAAAAUGGAGAGUCCAAAAAUUGGCACUACUAUGUACCCACUGCCAAGCUCCUUUAAUGCCAUGACAAGUAAUCAAAAUUGGGUCAUAUGGAUAACAGUUAGAGCUUUAUUCCCUCUGUGCCAUGGAGCCAGACAGAAAACAAUGUCCACUGAGGUUGAAGUCCCAUGUAUAACACGCAUUAAAGAGAGAUGGAAACACUGAUGCCCUCUACAAUGCAUAGGUGGUAGAGUUUAAUAGACUCUGCCUUAGCUGAGUCUUCUUUUUCUACAUUUUAUACCAUCCAUGUUUAUAUAAUAUGUGUAGAAACUCAUCUGGUUUAACCAGGUAAAUGUCUUUCUCACAGGAUGUGUAGAUAUUGUCUUGUUUUAUAUUUGCUUACUGUUGAGUAUGUUACUGUUGUUUGCAGACCAAGCCAUACUUCAAAAAGACAUAGCAGUAUAAUGAGAAGAAAUGUGUGCCACCCGCCCAUUACUGGAAAAACAAAUUUAUUUGUCAGUUACAAUGGCAUCCCACAUACUGUGUUGUACUGUGACCCAGCAUAUACACUGGCAAGACACGUUUGUAGAAAAUAAUGACAAAAAAAGUCUUAUUUUGAAAGUUUCUGUUUUAACUUUGCAUUCACAGUCAUUUCUGAGCAGAGGCAAUAUAUGAAGAUAUAAUGCCUAAAUUUAUAAUGUUCAAAUUUUGUUAUAAGCCUGCUGAAACUAUUUUUUCAAUAAAUUAGCCUAUAGAUUUA